GCAUAUAUACAUUCAACUUUCUACUGAUAAAUAAUUGAGAGAGAGAGAGAGGUCUUCCAUCUUCAUCUCUAGGGCUUUAUUGUUUUUGUUUAUUUCCAUUUGGAGUAUUUAGGCUUGAAAUAAAUAUCAUUCUUGAAGGAUUUUCAUGUUAAGAUUGGUUAAACCUCUUAUAUUUAGAAGAUUUAUCAUUUAAGCAUGUCUAGCGAAAGGAAUAUAGAAGAGGACUAGAGUUCAUUUUCUUGUACUCCAGGGAGCCCUAAUUCCAGUUCUUAAUAACAUAUGUACAGAUUGAUUAUAGAAGGUAUAUACGAGAAAAAGUUCGAAGUCGAGCUGAUAAAGAUGAAGGGAAGUGAUGAAACUGAAUAUUCUAAGACAAGCCCUUUGGAGAGAAAUGAUGAAGAGGAAGAAAGUGAAGCGAAAAACGAAGCCUGCAACCUUAGAGAUGGAGGAAGUUCAAGCAACAGCACAGUCGAAGAGGGUGAGAAGAAUACAUUGGUAAGGCCUUAUGUUAGAUCUAAGAUGCCUAGACUCCGGUGGACGUCUGAUCUUCAUCUUCGCUUUGUUAAUGCUGUGGAAAGACUUGGAGGACAAGAUAAAGCAACUCCAAAAUUAGUGCUUCAAUUGAUGAAUAUCAAAGAACUAAAAAUUGCUCAUGUCAAGAGUCAUUUACAGAUGUAUAGAAGCAAGAAAAUUGAUGAGCCCAACCAAUGGGUGGCAGAUCACCGGCUUUUUAUGGGAGGCGAAGACAAGAAUAUCUACAGUCUAAGCCAACUUCCUCUUCAUUCUACCAUCAGAUUUGGAGAUUCUUCUCUGCAUAAUUAUGGAAAAUGGAUACGUAAUUAUACUAUAAGGCAGAAUCCAAUUGGUGAGAGGAUCUUGGGCUGCGGCGGCCAAUAUAGGUCAGUAAAUGAUAAAAUUUGCCGCAGCAUUUCUUGUUCCAAUGAAAUAUCCACUCAGAAGACCGACAAAUUUGGGUCGCUUAACGGGCAUGAAUCCACGCUAGGCCGAUCUAGACAAAACCCCAUUGAGCAAACCAUGAAUCUCCAAAGGCAGACUAUGGUAAAAAGGAAGGCGUCGGAGUGGGGAGUCGACUUGAAUUUAUCACUCGGGGUUGAACUACGGAAGGAUGAUCAAAUGCAGCAAGGUUUACAGGAUGAUGAAAACAUCUUGUCAUUAUCAUUGUACACUGAUCCAUCCUACUCGAAGUUUAAGAAGUUGAAAGAAGAUGAGAGUACUAAAAUUGCAGGAGGGACAAGUACUCUGGAUCUGACUCUAUGAAUUAGGGAAAUUCUAAGUGAGAUCUUGAGGUACUUGUUUUCUAAAGAAAAUGCAUUAAUUCUUCUUAUUGUCUUUUAGAAUCAAUGUAAUGUAACAAGUACUGUACUUAUGUGACAUGUUUGGUGAGGUCAACUAGACAAUACUUGGACAAUAUUGUAAAAGAAAAAGUUACAAAUUCUCCAUUUUAUCGUCCAACAUUAUGUACCAAAUUUGCCCAUGAUCUUUAUGUGAACGGUUCGAAUUGUCCGUGUCUUACCAAGAUCUAGCUGCUUUUAUUAUAA